ACUAGCUACCCUGCCACCUCCACAGCAAAUCAGCUGUGUGAUGAAAACAAAAGACGAUGGCUUGCGAAGUAAAACACUGCGGAGAAAUCCGCGAUUUUAGGAAAGUACAGGAAUACUUUGGACUCGGACACGAUGACAACUGGUUAAAUGCGGUAAACCAUGCCAUUUCACCCACUGGGGAACUGAUUGCCAUGGCCCAGGGUGAAAAGCUGGCGUUUCUCUCCACCUGCUGGAGCAGCCACGGAAAUGCCAACACCUACGUCCUGGGGUGGUGCGGAGAGCUGGAGGAUCACAACCAAAUCGUGACCAGUCUCACCUGUUUGCCGAUGACCCAGAACCGAAGUACAGAUGGAGCUAUUGAGUGGACCUGCGUGGCAGUUGGCUUAGUAUCGGGCAUGGUGAUCUUCUACACGGACUCUGGCCUGAAGCUCUUUUCUCAAUGCUGCCAAGAAGAUCCGGUCAUUGGAGUAAAGUUGCAGUCUGCACCCCGCCAUUCGGAGGCAGAUUCCCUGCUCUACAUCGUUUAUCCCCGCUGUCUGUGUUUCAUCCAGGGCCAGGACAUCUUGCCCACCUUGACCAACUGCCGGCACAAUAUGCAAAGAGGCGCCUUGGAGAGGAGUACGUUUCCCAUUGCGGAUGUAGUGCCAUUCCAAAAGUAUAAGUUCAAACAGGCGAAAGAGGCCGUUAUCAACGAUGCCGUCAUAUCCAGCACACAGCGACCUCCAACAUACGACUAUAUUGUCCAGCAGAGCAUUGGCCUUGGUUACUUCGCCAAAGUGCAAGCCACGCCGCCCAGAAGCUCACAAGUUCUGGCCGCCGGAGCGGAGCCCUACUUGGGUUUCUUUCAGGCGGAGGAGGGAUACAAAACCAUGUCGCUAGGUGAGGUGGCCAAAGAUGUUAUCGGGAUAGCGUACAAGAACCUGCUAGGUGGACUUUUUCGACGCACUCCAGAGCCACUGCCAUCGCCAGAGGAAUCCCCACUGCCUGUGCCCACAAAAGAGGCCCCCAUGAGGAUUCGCUGUCGCCUGUACGACGGAAAGAGAGAUGGCUUAACCCUAGCAGUGGCACCAGGUGGUCGCCUGGCUGUUGUCACGGAUAAUCUUGACCGUGUUAUGUUGGUGGACACGCAGCAAGCCAUUAUCCUGCGCGUGUGGAAGGGCUAUCGGGAUGCCCAGUGCGCUUUCGUUCCAGUCAAAGAGCGAUCUGUGCGCGGGAUCAAGACGCACAAGCGGAAGGCUUUGUUCCUGGUGAUCUACACUCCUCGAUUGGGCUGCCUGGACAUCUGGGCCUUGCAAAACGGUCCCAAGGUGGCUGCUUUUAAUGUCUCGAAGAGCGGUCAACUGAUAUACAACAAUCACAGUGCUCUUGGCACCGGCAAAAGUGGUGGAUCUACUGGCGGAAGCAGUCAAUCCCGAAAAGCUCUUGCUAUCAAUCACUGUUUGUUCCUGGACCCCAGCGAUGGCAGCCUGAAGGAGGUGCACAUUCCCUUUCACUAUGCCCUGAGCGAGACCAGCUCCCAGACAUCGCGGGAUAUCCAUAUGCUGAGGCGUCUGAGAAACCAAUUGAAAACCUUUAAUCAUGACGAUGCCAAGGAUGUAGUGCUGGAAGAGAUUGGCGAGCUGGCUAGUGAACUACAGACGCUAGAGGUACGACAACAGUGCCUGGAAACGUUGCUUAAGAGCAAGAAGCUGCAGCCACAGGUUUUUCAGUGUAUCAUUAAUGCCUUCAUUGAAAAACCUCUUCCCGAGUCGAUAAUCUCCGAGGAUUUUGUCGUUCAAAUCGAAAACUAUAAACGAUUGACUGAUCUCUACUUGGCCCUGAGUCAAGUCAAUCAGCGGGGAGACAACGAACCACCAGUGGAGCACCUAGAGCUCUCUGAUGCAGAUCUUGUCACCAUUAACAAGUUGGUUUUGCUGCUGGACGACGGCACCGAUAAGGAAAAACCCGCCUCCACGCGCGAGGUAAGCUUCAAGCUGCAAGGGGAGCACAAGACCGAGGAGUUUGUCGAUUACCUGAGCAUUUUUAACAUCGAGAGUCCAGAUGGCAUCAGGCUGUUGCCGGAGAAAUCUGACAAGUUUGGCGCUGUUAGUAUUGAUCUCUUUAGCCAGUUUUUUGCACAAGGUCUGUGCUUUGGUCAGUUCAAGCAGUGGAUCAAUCAGGCAUGUCUGCCCAGCAGAGAUUUGCUAAAGUUGAUUAUUUGGUUUUGGCUUGAAAAGCCUUUUAAAUACAACAACUGUGAUGAAGUAGUGGAUGACAUGUCUCGGAUCGCUGCUAUGGUGCAGACUAUUUGCGAUCUGGCUGGUGAGCACAUCCACGACUAUGCCUACAAUGCUAUCUCACCGUGGUGGCAGGAAGUACGUGAACUUCUCUUGGAGAGCAAACAGUUUUCAGGCUUGCUGGUAGCCAUUGUCUGUAAAACGGUGGCCAGUAAUUUGUGGCGCAACAGAAAAGAGGGAUCUUGUGACGAAUCCUCGCAGAACGAGGAGGAGGAGCGCUGGGAACGCAUAUCGCACGAUGAGGCCCAGUGGGGAUUACUCACUGGGAAGCUAGAGGACGUGGCCGUGCUGGGAGCAAUACUGGGUAAGCAGCUCACCUGCCGGGAUCCCGUGGGUCCAGAGAUGUCCUACGAACCACCAGACUGCAGCCUCAAGAGCAUUGUAAGCAGUGGCAAAGGCAUCGUCACCGAACUGACGGCCAAGUGGCUAAUCAGUGCGCAACUUCAUCCCAGUAAAAUCUUGGAGGUAUCGGCGCCGGAAAAUGAGUUAGACGAAGAAAGCAAAAUUGAGACAAAGGACGAUCCAAAUAAAGAGCGGCCCAGUGAAGAGGACGAGUCAGAAGAGGACUUAGAAAUGGCUAAGGAAGUGCAGGUGACAAACAAAGAUGCGCACGAACCGAUUCUUGAGCGAUUAGCUUUGCUCCGUGCGCACUUUCCCUUCAGCCUGGAAUCGGGCGUGCUUUUAAGUCUCAUGUCCUGGCAAUACAUGGUUCAAUGGAGCAAGCAGCUAUCUUCGCUAGAACAUCUGAGGGCAGCAUUGCUUUGCUUAAACCAAUUCCGUACACCUGAUUGGGCCCUGAAGCACGGAAUAUGCUGCAUGUUGUGGAACGCCACACUAAAGUUUCCUCUCCAGGCAGCGGCCAAGCUAAUUCAGAAAGUGGGACGCCUACCGGUGGACAAGAUGUGCCAACAAGAUCUGGAGAUGUCGGCGGGAAAAGUUCCGGAGUUCCUGGAACUCAGCCUCGAAUUCCUUCAGCAUUUCACCACAUCUAUGGAGCACGACAAGCGGGAACUGCACUUCGAACAGUCUCUAAGUGAGGGAGCCCUGCCCUUGCAGUUCCUGGCUCUCCAGCAGCACCACGCCAUGCCGCAGUUGCUCCGUCUGCAGACGGAACUGUGUAGUGUACUCCACUUCGUGUCCUUCUUCCAACUUCGCAUUUCCAAACCUCUGACCACGCUGUUUGACUCGAUGAGCAACAAGGCUCUGCUAGCGGACAUCAACAAGGAGCUACCCUACGUUCUGCCAGCACCAGAUCUCGUACUCCAGCAGCAGCGCACAGAUUUCCUAUGUCGCCUAGUGUCUGCUACUAUGGACCUAAUUAGAGAGGACCUGGAGCAGCUGUACAUCCUGGAUCAUGUCUUCUACAUGGCCAAGAUCUGUGCUCUGGCCGACAGCUGGGAGGUCGACAAACUUCCCAUUCUGAGGAGACAGGUGGUGGAGCUGUACGCUUUCGGGUAUGAUGCGGAGGCCCAGAUGCUGCUCCACGACAUCAGUGAAGACGAGGAGCUGGGCCGGCUGCUGCUAGAGAUAGCCGGCCGAAGGCUGAAUCUCUACGCGGAGAGCUCGCAGUCCACGUUUCUGAAGAUUGCCUCAGUAGGACACCAGUUGCUGGCCUAUUUGGACAACCUGAAGGAGCCGAUGACGGAGCAGAACAUUCAGAUUGCGGCCACCAAACCCGAUGACAUCGAUGUGGCGGCCCUGGACAGGCUGUUGUCCCACGCCUACAAAUGCCUCUGCCGGCGCGAGUCCAAGCAGCUGCCCAUCAUUGCACAGAUGUACAACGCCGUGCGUAUCCUGCAGAACUGAGGGCGAGGAUGACAAGGAAACACUCUCGUUAUUCAACGUUAUUCGCAAGAUUCAUUGCGCGUGUUUCAUUGGAACUUUUAGAAACGGUUUAGCAAGAACCACAAUCAGAAUAUCUGACUGUAUUACUUUAUUUUAACACCAUAUUAUCAAGAUCUAUGGAUACAAAAUACGACACCGACAUGAAAAUGACCACAUUGAAACCUUGACAUUUAGGGUUUUAUCAUGCACAACCCAUUCACUUGAUCGUUUAUCAGCAAGAACUUUGGAAACGAUAUGAUUUGCUUUGAUCUGAAGUUAUAUUUAGGAGUUAAUUAGCAAAUUAACACUUAAAUAUGUCUUAUAUUUGAUUAAAUCUUAUAUUAGUUUAAA